AUGUCUGAGCAGAGAGCGGACGGAGACCGAGAGGAAAACAUCACGGAAACCAGCCCACUACCAGGUGGAAGAGCCGCAGAUGAGCCGCCAGGGGGCGACAGACACCUAGGGACUGAUAGAGAAGAGUCUGACAGCUGGGCCACAGUGAAGGUGGUGCUGGUGCCAGACGGUCAUGUGAUGACGGUGGCGUUCGCCAUCGGUCUCAGCAUUCAGGAGCUGAAGUGUCACCUCUCCUCAGAGCUCAGGGUUCCUGUAGAGGUGCUGCAGAUCUCUUUGGACGGCAGGGCGGUGGAGGACAAGCAGAGCCUGAUGGAGCUUGGGGUCCGGCCUCACAGCUCUACUCGGCUGGAGAUGAGCUCCACCGACCCGACCACUCAUCCACUCCGCCCCCUUCGUCCUCCAGAGCAUGACAGUAUGCCGGACGUCAUCAGUGUCCGAGUCCAAACCGAUGACGGAGGGUUCCAGGAGGUGGUGGUGGAGAUCCAGCGUCCUCGCCAGCAGAAGUCCUUCGUGGGUGGCUACAGACACCGGCUGACGGGGGUGGAGUACCAUCACGCUGCCAUCCAGACCCUGCCCAAGAGGAUACCUGAGAGAAGAGUGGUCGUCUUCAGCCGGGAUACACAGACAGCGGAGCUGAGUUCUCGGGUACAGCAGUGUCCAGUCAGUGUCUCAACCCAGAUGAGUGGGAUCGGCUGCUACGUCUCCUGUACCAACGACAAGCUGGUCACCCCUGGCAACUACAUCACUGCUGCUGAGAUGCACAAUGAGAGACUGAGAGCUGUGAUCUGUCUGCAGUCGUACGUUCGGCGCUGGAUGGCCUGGAAGGUAGUGGACCAGCUGAGGAGGGGGCGGAAAUUGCGACUGGACUGGCUGGAGCUGCAGGAGAGGAGGCGGACAGAGGAGAAGGAGGAGCAGCUGAUAGACCGCCAACGACGCUGGAUGAACCCACAGAGGAAGGAAGACUUAAAUCUUCUGUACCACGCCCUGGAGAAGUGGAGGUCUGAGGAGGAGCAGAAGAUCAAUUCGUCCAUGCAAGGUGCUGAGAGGAAGGCAGCUCUCUGCUUGCUGCUGGACAAGGAGACCCACCUCAUCGCAGCCAUCGGACGCCAUCAUGUCGCCGUCCAGGAAAACAACUAUGACAGAACCAUCAGGGAAUUCCUGAACAAGUCAGGGGCUCCUCAUCAGUGGCUAGCGGCAGACGGUCGACUAAUCGAGAUGGACAGUCAAUUUACCAUCAGAGCCAGAGCGCUGCAAGAACUGUACAACAACGUCAACCUGCCCGCUGUGAGCGAGGAGCAGAGACUGCAAGUCCUGAUGACACUCAAACACACCGUCAAGGAGCACGAGUGUCAGCUGACCAAGGACAUCGUGGAUUUGAUUGACAGGGAAGUGAACCUGAUGACUUUGGGUGUUAAAAAACACAAUCUAGAGGGGCUAAGGAAGAGGAUCACCACUCUGUUCCUCCAAUACAUCAGAACACCAGCAUUUAAUCCUGAAGUGGCAAAACUGCUCAAGGUUCCUCAGAAUCCCUCCCAGAUGAAGAACGACCUGUUCCUCUGUCGCAGCUGUCGUUGCUACCGAAUCUCUGCAAAAUUCAGCCCGGCUGCCAGGUCCAAUCUGAGUGGUCAGUGCCGAGACUGUGCCAGGCUAAACAACGUAUCUGGAGCCCGUGAUGAUCUCUCCUGCUAUAAAAAUAUGCUGAUGAGGCUGAGAGACAAUGAGCAGCGGCUCAGUGACGACGCCAAGAUCCCCUUCUUGCUUCAGGUGGAGGACUUACAGUACCUGGUGGAGGUGGUCUGGUCGUCCUGCUCCGCCCUCCAAACCAGUAGUGAACUGUACCACCUGGUGUUUACCCGCUGGGACCAUAAAAGAGACUGGAGCCCCUGGAACUGCAUCCUUCUGUCCAAAGAAGAGACGUCAGCUCACCUGGAGGUUCAAGACGUUCACAAGACAUACGAGGCAGAGUUCAUCCAAGGGAUUGAGCACAAACACAUGCUGGCUCAACGUCACUUCAGCAGCUGCCCAAUCAUGGCCGGGUACCUGGUCACUGCUACCCUUGGCAACAACCUCAUCUCCAAGUCAAUCACCAUGAAAGUCAAGCACGUCACCAAACCCGCACCGGCCUCAGCUCCUUGA